GAAAGCAUGGACGAAACUGUCUGCUUUUUGAGUCGAAAAAAGUCAAGUUGAAGGGUAAGAAAAGGUCUCGUUCUAUGUACAUGCAACAUGUAUAUACAUACAUGCGUACAUAUAUACGUGUACAUAUAUAAAUUCUAUGAAUGCUCAGACAGAGACAGACACUCCACUCAUUUUAUCUGUCUUGCAGAACGAGACCUUCUCGUGUCCCCCAUCUUGAACAUUUUUCACUCAAAAGACGGACGGUUUUCCCUAGCGAAUGUGACUGUUUAUAUGAUCGCGAUCAGAAACGAUAGAGAGGAAGAACAACCACCGAUGAAUGGGGAAUUUCAAUAAUUUCAAAAUCUUCCUAAAUCAAUUAUCGGUAUUUUUGUGUUAAGUAAGAAAACGUUGUACAUGUUGAUGUGGCAUUAUUAGUAAAAAGAAAAAUUGAAAUAACAAGAAAGUAAAAUAGAACCCAAGAAGGAAUGCGUCAUGUGAGAAGUAAAAUAAUUUACGAACGAUCAUUAGCCACCGAGAAUUAAGCUGAUUCGUUCCGCCAUCUUGAACUAUACCGUGCUUUAUCCUGGCAAAAUAUUCUGUUCAAGGAGGGAACCACGCAAGGAACUGUCAGUACAUGUAUACAUACAUCUGUAAAUUCGUAUUACGACGCGUGCCUUUCCACUUUCGUACCUCAAUCGAACGAGGUACAGACUAGUUUUAUAAUUCAGAUGUCAUUUUUACCACUUACACCACAUCUGCCGAUUUAAAUAGUAAAUUAACUUUUACAAAAGUACACCCUGGUUAUUGUGCAACUUAUAUAUUAGAUUGCAUACAAAUUGUAAUUUACAAAUCAGUGAUCAGGAAGAUUUUUAAUCGUGUGGAAUAUCACUUUGAAAAUAGGGAGGAAGAAAGAUCUUUCGAUCGUCUGAAAAGUUCACAAAAUAGAUAACAUCUGUAGCCUUCAAGACAAUGUUUUUGUAUGCAGAAUAAGCAGAAAUGGAAAACAGCUUUAUAACGGAAAAUGUACCUUAAGUGAAAAUAAUGUAGAUAGCUUUGAAAACAUGAAAUACUCAAUGUUGCAAGAACAAGAAUACGGGGUAGGUUUACCUCAAAAUCUGGUGUCCAGUGAAAUGAACCAAUGUGUGAUGGUCGAUACAGAUCCUAUGGAAGUAGAAAGCAGCUCUUUGGAGGAAGCUUCUGUGGUAUCUAAUCUUCCUCUUUUAUUUGCCAAUGGACAUCCAACGUCAUUGGAAAAAAUUACUGUGACACAAUUAGAACGUUUUGUUACAUUCAUGGUUAAAUGCUCCUUGGGUCAUGAUACUAACGAAGUGAUCAGUGAGCCCAGGUGGUGGCCAAAAGAAGUUAAAUUUUCAAAUCCUUUAACAAGACCUAAAAGAGUAAACGAUAAUUGGAUGGCCAAUUUAAAAAAAUUAGUAUUCAGAUGUUAUACAUACCAUAGAAGUGAAUAUCUCUUACGUUUUUGCUCAUAUCUUGCACGGUACUCGCAAGAAGAUCUACAAUAUGUUAAUAAUUGGGACUCCACAACAAGUUUGUAUCACAAAAGUACUGGCAAGCUAUUAGUGACAUUUCGCAAUGAAAAUAUGAAUUAUGAUAGAACUUGUGAAAGUUCACGAAAGAAGUUGUUAUCUUGUAAAGGAGUAAUUUCCUCCUAUACGAAACAGCAACAGCAUUCCGUUAUGAUGAAUCAUACACCAACAGGAGAUAUUUAUCUAUGUGAUAAUUGUGAUGCGGAAUUUAUAGGCCUAGAGAAAAUGAAGGAACAUGAAAGUGUAUGUUAUGAACAAGAACAUAACGGAAGUAAUUCUCGAUCUACAACUCCGGACUUGUCGAUUGUAGAGCCUGAAUUAAGGCAAAACCAGUUCUUGGAAUAUUUUCACUUGUGUUCAGUGAAAUCGAAAUCAGAAGCGAAAUCAGAAUCGAAAUCGGUUGAAAUUCACAAUGAUGCUACAGUUAAUAAUAACAAUAAUAUCAUUAGCCGAACUUCCCGCCGUGUUCGAGGGUUUGUAAAUUUUACAAGAUGUCCGACUAUUCCUUUUUCUUCUCCUGCUGGUAUAUUAUUAGCUAAAAGAUCCAAGGCAAUGACAGAAGAAACGCAACAAGAAAGGCUAGAAAGGAUAGAAAGACACCUCAUUGCUCCUGUCUUAAACAGCUCGUCUAAACCAAAGUGGUUGGAAGCGGACGUUGAUAACGAUAAAUGGAGUGUUACAUAUAAACCAAAUCGAGAUAAACUGGCAUGCGAUUAUGUGCACCAAUAUAAAUUUAUAAACUCUGUUAAAAAGAAACCAAUGUUGAGCAUACAAUCACAGUUAUUGUAUGUUGUUUGUCGACCUGUUUUUGUUAUUCUAAAUCGACUGACCCAGGAACAAAUACAUGAUUUUAAACAAAAUCAACCAAAAUAUCAAUGUCUUAUUCAAAAUGUUUCUAUCGUAAGCAAGAAAACGAUAACACAUAAUGAAGGAAAAACAAGACCAAACGUUCCUUCAAAACGUAAAGCUCCAAGUGAUGAAAGUGACAUAAACACGAUGAAAGAAAACGUAGAAAAGGUAGUUGGCAAUGAAAUUAUCAAUGUAGAAUUAAUUGAUUUUGGAUGUAAAAGUUCUUCUGGCGAAAAUAAUACGGCUACCAUUCAUUCAAUUAAAGAGAUCGCAUCGUGUAUAAGACCAUCGGAAGCGAUUGCAGUAAUUGAUCUAUGCUCUUCGGAUGAGGAAGAAAAUACAUGUAUUCCUGCAUCUUCGAACGAAAAUAAAGAUUCAAUAAGUUGUUUAUCUCGUGAUGUCAAAGAUGUAACAGAAUCAUUCUUAGAAAAAUUUUCUUCAACUAAAUUUCAGUUAAAACAUGAAAAAUGCGAGUGGCUAUCGGAUAAUAUUUUAAAUAACGAUGUUGAAAAUUAUACAGACAAGUACCAUAGUACAAUGUUAAAUACAUUUACAAAUUUAUCCCCAAUCCUUAGACCAGCACCAUAAAAUAAUGAUUAUUUAGUAUAUAGUAUUCAUUGUAUGCGUGUUACAUUUAUUACAAUAUUUAUUAUUUCACUUUUGUAUGAUUUUAAAAUGCGUAAAAUAAUGUUACAUCAUAAUGUUUUAUUAUUUGCAGUAGACUGUUAAUCAUUACAAGGAACUCUCAACUGUAAAGUAACAAACUCGGUAUUUUCAUUAAAGGGAAAUGUCAAAUAAUAUUUGUUAUAUAAUAAAAAAUAAGCCUACGCAUUUUGAUAUAUUAUAUACUAUAGAGAAAGAGAAGAAGUUAAGGAAAAGAUAAAUAAAAUGGAGAUGAAUUGUUAA